GGGGCCGGGCUGGGCGGGGCCGGACGUGAGGAAACUUCCGCGGGCGGCGGGGUCGCCAUGGCGGCAAAAAGUCCUCCUGAUAGUACUCCAAGAAGGCCUGUUUUAUCUGUCAGUGCAAGAAAAAUUAAAGAUAAUGCAGCAGACUGGCAUAAUUUAAUGAUGAAAUGGGAGAGACUGAAUGAUAAUGGAUUUACUACAGCAAACAAAAUAGUCAACAUGAGGAUCAGUGAGCAAUUUCAGGACAACAAACUGGAGAUAGCAUGUGAUAACAGUGCCACAGAACCUGAAAAGCCAACCCUAAAAUACAAUGAAGAGCUGGACAAUUGCUGUGCAGAAUUACUUCAGACCUUAAAGCAAAUGACAAAAAUACAGAUGAAAAUGGAAAAGCUUACUUCAACUACUAAAGCAAUCUGUGACUUGGAAACAUUCCACCAUGGAGCUGGGAAUUGCAAGGCUCCCUUCUUUCAUACAUGGCCCACAUCAUACUUCUAUGAGGUUUGUCUGAAGCUGUCUGAAAUGUACAAGAAGGAGCUACAACUCAAGCAAACAAUUGUACAAGACAUUGCUCAUUCUGCUGACCAGGAUCUGAUGAUGGUGUAUUUAUCCUCGUGGCUGUACCAGCCUUACAUUGACAACAGCAGCAUGCUGCUGCUCGAAGCCAUGCUGCUGGAAACAGGACACAGGCAGUGCUAGAAUUCCAGAGGUUACAUGGCUGCCUUCUAGGGAUGCUAAUAUGAAACUGAACUGGCAUGUUGCAAGGCUUACCAAGCUUGGUGUACUUGCUGAACUGGCUGCAGCCAUGGUAGGUUUUGGAGACCUUGAAGCUGAUGCUGUGGCACAAGAAGCCCUCUGUCCAUUCACCAUCUUGGAUGGGGGAAUCUUGUCCCCGGACACUGCCCCGUGAGAUGGGAAAGGCCUCUGCAUAAGCAGCUGAACUGGAGACUCAGAAGAACUAUGCAGGAGUAGCUGCUGCUGCUCAGUUCCUGAAACAGGCUGUAUCCUAAUUAUCUGGGGAUUAAUAAUGCCAACUCCUGGUAUGCUGGAUUUCCUACCAACUGGCUGACUCAGCGUUAUAGUUUUGGACUGGAUUGGUGCCAAUGAUGUCAUUGGCCCUUCAGUUUCCUUCAUCUGUCCUGGCUGAACUUGGACACAAAUGGCUUCCAGCUGCUUUUGCGGAAAAAAGGAAGAGUUGCAAUUACACAAAUACAGUAUUAAUAAAUAAGUACAAUACUUAUUGAGAUAAUACACACAUUCCCUUAAAGCAAAGCAUGAAGAAACCGCUGCACAUCAUUAACUUCCCAUCUUAAUGCAUCAAAGCAGAUUCCCUUCCUUCAAGCUAUGGGUUUUCCUGCACAUUUUCUGCUGUGACUGCAGUUCAACUAAAGCAUGUAAAGUUU